CAGGGGCGGACUGACAACUCAUGGGGCCCCCGGGCAAUAGGGGAUCAUGGGGUCCCUGUGUCCUUGCCCAAACUCAAAAAAGCCUAUGAAAAAGGUACCAGGGGCAUCUCAUGGGGCCCCCUACUGACCCCGGGCCCUCGGCAGUGCCCGAGUUUCCAAAUGGUCAGUCCGCCCCUGCUCGCCACAUGAGGCUGGGCAUUGUCGUGCACCAGAAGGAACCCAGGACCCACUGCACCAGCGUAGGGUCUGACAAUGGGUCCAAGGAUUUCAUCCUGAUAUCUAAU